AUGGUUUUCCGCGCACCGUCAUGGGCCCCCCAGCUCAGAGACGCCGACAUCCCGGACGAUCAGCCACUUAGUGAUUUUCUGUUCGACGAUAGACUGCGCCCCAGGAAGUGUGCCGAUUGCCCGACGCCAUUCAUAGAUAGCCUUGACGGUAGUGGUUAUAGUAUUGAGGAAACAAGAAAGAGGAUUGAAUGGCUGGCGACGGGCAUGGCAAGUUACUUGGGUAUAACAGACACCUCUGGAGAUGUGUGGGAUCGCGUGGUGAGCGUCUUCACCGUCAACAAUAUUCACACUCCCGUUCUUGCUUGGGCGGUGCAUCGCUUGAAUGGCGUCGUUGCACCAGCCAAUGUCGCCUUUCGGGCAUCUGAGUUGGGAUAUCAGCUAAAAGACUGCAAGGCACGUUGCAUCUUUACUGAUGUAUCACAUCUAGACCUUGCUCUUGAGGCGGCCACAACAGCGGGAAUUUCUUCCUCCAACAUAUUUUUGGUCUCGAUCCCUGCCGACAACGGUGGUCCAGCAACCAAUAUCGGAUCAUUCUCGAAUUUAGAAGACCUCGUCGCUAUUGGGCGCCGAGUGCCGCCUCUACCAUAUAUGAAAUGGGAAAAAGGCCGUGCUGGAAAGCAAGCGGCCUAUUUGUGCUAUUCCUCUGGGACUUCUGGUCCGCCUAAGGGCGUCAUGAUUUCCCACCGAAACAUAAUCGCCAACAUUAUGCAAAUGAACCUCUACGAACUCCCCCUCCGCAAUGGCAGGCAGCCAGAAGUCAUCCUCGGCAUCCUGCCCCAGUCUCACAUCUAUUCAAUUAUUCUUACCACGCACUGCUCGGUGUUUCGCGGCGACACAGUGGUAGUGGUGGCCAAAUUUGAGCUGAUGAGCCUGGUAAAGGCCAUAAGGAAAUUCAAGAUGACUAUGCUCUACGUCGUGCCUCCAAUCCUCAUUGCUCUGAUUAAACAAGGGGCCUUGACCAAAAAUGCUACAGGAUUCGACCUGCCGUCUGUCUGGCGUAUUUACUGCGGCGCGGCACCGCUCUCUGAAGAGCUAACCUCGCAGAUCAAAGCCCAUUAUCCUCAAGUUCUCUUGGGCCAAGGAUACGGCAUGACGGAGUCGGCUACAGUCAUGGCCUCGCACCCUCACGAAGUUUACGAUGGAUCCAGCGGCUGUGUACUCCCUGGCCUAGAAAUCCGGCUUGUUGACGCCAGUGGAAAUGAUGUCGAAGAACACAACCAGCCCGGCGAGAUUUGGGCGCGCGGGCCCAACAUCACUCUUGGUUAUUUCAAGAACAGGGAAGCCACAGCCACCACAUAUAGCGGGGGGUGGUUGAGGAGCGGAGAUGUUGGAGAGUUCCGGCUGCACCCCAAAACUGGAGAUGCUCACUUAUUCAUUGUGGAUAGAGUGAAAGAACUUAUCAAAGUCUCUGGGUUCCAAGUCGCCCCGGCGGAGCUCGAGGGGCAUCUGCUCGGUCACAGUCUGGUGGAUGAUUGUGCAGUCAUUCCGGUGGCCGACGAGAGGUCAGGGGAGGUACCAAAGGCAGUUGUUGUCCUUAGUAGGGAUGCCGGCUGUGGUUACCCAACGGCUGAAAGAGAAAUCAUUCACUGGGUAGCCAAGCACAAGUCAAAGCAUAAGCACUUGAAGGGUGGAGUUGAAUUUGUGUCGGAGAUCCCCAAGAGCCCCAGCGGGAAGAUCUUGCGGAGAUUCCUCCGGGACCGUGAGAAGGCUCGCCAGGCACAGAUCUCGGCCAAGUUGUAA